UUUUUCCCCUGCUGCCAUUAAGCUAAUUCAUAAUAGCAGAUGUCAUCACUCCCAAAUAAAAAUGAGUGACGGAUGAAAAGAUUUCAUCAGUUAUUCCUGGCAGUUGGAGUUCUCUUGAAAAGGGGAACCCAGGGGUAAAACUGACAUGAUUCAGUAAUCACUCAAGAAAACCACACUUUGACAGAAGAGGAAGCUACUAUACAAUCAAAAAAAUGAGCAAGCAUACGAACUCUAGACACCACAGGAUGGGUGGUCAUGAUGCGGAAGAGCUGAAGAACUUCUGGGAAAAGGUCAUCCAAGAGCAAACUAAGCAACAAGAAGCUGAAGAGUCUAGGCUAAGCAAAAGUGCCCUGAACAAGCUUCGCCAGGAAUGGACUCUGCGGCUGGAAGGUCGAAUAAGGCAGGUCCAGGCUCACAUGAAAGCACAGCAAGAACAAAUGACACCACUGUCUAUCGAGGCUCUUCCCUCACCAGAUAAAACUGUUGCUUAAAUUGUUGCUGUGCAAACC